GCCUUGUUCAUUCGUCGUUCCUUCAUUCAUUUUCUUGGCGUUGGUUUUGGAGGAGGAUCGAUCCAGUUCAGGGGGAGCAAACUUUGGUGGUGUUGUCUCGGGGCGAUGGAUCUCGAUCAAUCAAUCAUCGGGCGGCGACUGGGAAAUUGGGCCGAAUUUGUUAGUUAUAUCUCGGAUUGUGGGCUUACACAGCUAGUAGAUUUCUCCUCUCUUCUCUUUAUCUCUCUCGUCUAGACUCUCGUCUCUCCAUCUCCAUCUAGAGACUCUGAGUCUUUGCUCGUCUCCAGUUCUCGUUUGACUGGCCAAUCCUCUGGGAUCAGAUCCCUUUGCCUUACCGUGCCCGGCUUGAUUGACUGACCACUCCAAAGUCACCCAGCGUGUGUCGAUUCCUCUCUUGGCUCUGUAAGGCCUCUAUUCGCUCUCUCUUUAGAACAGCGGAUGAAGAAUUCUCCUUGCAUGGUCUGGAAAGAAUUGGAUCAGAUGCUUUAAGUAUCCCUUGCAUCCUGUCAAGAUUUUCUCUCCUGUCCUCUCAGUGUUCUGAUCUUCUAGUUCUCCCUACAACAUCUCAGAGGAGGUGUGGCGAUGAACGAAGUGUCGAGCCAGAGCGCCAUUGUGCUGCCGCUCAUGGGCCAUGCAGCGCCGGCCGAAUCAACGUCUUCGUCGGCGGUGGAAGUAGUGGAGAAGCUGGCGGUGGAGAACGCGGUGGUGAUCUUCAGCAGCAGUGGCUGCUGCAUGAGUCAUGUCGUCAAGAGGCUGCUGUGCGGAUUGGGAGUGAAUCCAGUGGUGUUCGAGCUGGACGAGGAGAAGAACGGGCCCGAGAUCGAGAAGGCGCUGGCCAGAUUCACAGGGAUUUCCCAGGUGUCUCCCACUGUUUUCAUCGGGGGUAAGCUCGUUGGUGGCUUGGAUAAAGUCAUGGCUUCUCAUAUCAGCGGCGAGCUUGUCCCCCAGCUCAAGGAAGCAGGGGCUCUGUGGCUAUGAAAGAAAGUCCCAGAAUCAAACGCCACCAUAAAGCAGCAUAACAUCAAACCACAAGAGAAGAGUGGAAAAAGCUUCUCAGCAAAGAGUGUGCCUCCAAAAGACUUGAUUUCUCUUACUUUGUUUGUUUUCCCUGCUUUUAUUUUCUUCUUUUUUUUUGUUUUCCUUUCGGGAUCUCCUGACUUGUUAAAUAGAGGCUGGGGGUAGUAUUUCCCUUCUCAUGUCCUCUCCCCUGUAUCUCUUUUGCACUCCCAAGUGGGAAUGGAAUUUCAUAUGGUGGGAUUUUCUCUGGCUGCUCUGGUUGGUGUAGCAGCAGGAGGGAGGAUGGAAUAGAAUAUUGGUUCCAUUGGGGUGAUAUAAUGGCUAGAAUGUUUUGCUGUUUUGCAAAAUAUGGCUCCUUGGUGAAUGCUGACAUAGCUGUUGUAUCUCUUUGCUUGUCAAGCGUAAGUGGAGUGGUGUCAAAACAAGAAUGAAGGGAUUGGAAUUUCUCA